GCUGUGACAUCACAGCGCCUUCUGUAGAUAUAAGUAGUGAAGUUGUGAGAGUGUGACAGACUGAAGGAGAAGCAGCAGUUUGUUUCCUCUGAAGGUGAAGCCGCAACGUCUCCUCAGUUCAACCUGCAGGUGAGUUCAGACAGAGCAUCAGACGGAUCCACAUCAGCAGUUUCAGCAGAAAUCUGACAAUGAAGCUGGUAUCAGUCGUCUUCCUCCUCCUGGCUCCUCUGUUGACCAGCUGCCAGCAGCUCGUCCAACCGGUGGACUGCAGUGACAUCUACAAACAAGACAAGAGCGUCCCCAGUGGAGUGUACACCAUCUAUCCCCUUGGAGAGAGGUCUGCUGUCCAGGUGUACUGUGACAUGAAAUCAGAAGGAGGUCGCUGGACGGUGUUCCAGAGGAGGAUGGACGGCACCGUGAACUUCUACAGGGGCUGGGAUCAGUACAAGCUGGGCUUUGGUAGCGCUGCUGGAGAGUACUGGCUCGGUCUUGAGAACAUCUACCAACUGACUAAGCACAGAAAAUAUGAGCUGCUGGUCGACAUGGAGGACUUUAAGGGGAAGAAAGUGUUUGCUCGCUACUCUUCAUUCUCCAUCGCUUCAGAGUGUAACGGAUAUAAACUGAGUGUAUCUGGAUUCAUCAAUGGAGGGGCGGGAGACUCCUUGACUUAUCACAACGGAAUGAAGUUCACCACCUUUGACAAAGACCAGGACUCUUCAUCCAGGAACUGUGCCAGAUCAUUCCUGGGGGCGUUCUGGUACAACGACUGUCACCAUACAAACCCCAACGGGGUUUAUCGCUGGGGGGCUGACAAGACCAUCUCUUCUGUUGGAGUGGCGUGGUACUAUUGGAAGGGUUGGAACUACUCCCUGAAGACCUUCAGCAUGAAGAUCCGUCCUGUGCAGUAGUUCUCCUGGACCAACGUACAGCAGAAUAUCAGCAGCUGAUCUCUCUCCUGAUUUCUUUCUCUUUCUCUCAUUAAGCAUGUAAUCUCACAACGGGCCUUAUUUUCCUGAAACUGGGCACGAGCACAAUCCACCAGCAGCAGAACACCAACUCAGAUUAGUCCUUUUUGUUACCAUCUGUGGCUCAAAGCGGCCCAGAAUCUUGAAAUGGAAACAGAUAUUUAGAGUCUGAUUGUGUGAAAAGCUGAUAGUGACAGGUUUGAAACCCUUGUGUGAAUCAUUAUCUGCUAUACGCUGACAAUAAAUAAGAAGCUGAGCAUUAA